CUCUGCUAACGAGAAGGGAACACCGGGAGCUUCCCCCAUUGGGCCUCUGAAGGGCGAACGUCGGUUGGGUUUUCAGAGGAGGCGUGACGUCACAAACGCUGGCCGCUCUAGGACUCCGCACUCGCUCUCCUUAACCCCUGGGGGUCCGCAGGAGGUGGAGAGGCUGCGGGACAGUCUGGCGGGGGGGAGAUCCAGAUGUGUCCCGGAUAUACAAAGUGGAGUCAUUUGAACUUCUUGGCAUACAAAAAUUAUCUCUUGGGGAGGAAAAGCGCUGAAAAGCUCUUUCUUCUGUCAUUCCGGUGGAUACAGGAUCGAUCCUAUGAAUGAAAAGGCGUUUGGAGACCCACAAGAUUCUUUGGACCCAUUUGGAAUUGCAUUUCAGGACAGAGACAGGAUGGAGACACAACUUUUAGCAAGCCACGGAACUGCAAAAGGCCCUUUUGCUGUUCAGCCUAGGAGCUGUGGGGAGAUCUGGACAAGGUCUGGGCAGAAGAUCCUGGAGGAAGAAACCACCUUACCUUCAGAAAUUCAGCCCUGGAAUUUCAUCCAAUACCGGGAGGCUGAGGGUCCCCGAGGACUUUGCAGCCGACUCCACAACUUUUGCAGGCGAUGGUUGAGACCAGACAAGCACACCAAAGCCCAGAUGCUGGACCUGAUUGUGCUGGAGCAGCUCCUGGUCCUUUUGCCCCUACAAAUGGAGAGCUGGGUGAGGGAGUGUGGAGCAGAGACCAGCUCCCAGGCGGUGGCCCUGGCAGAAGGCUUUUUCCUGAGCCAGGAAGGGGAGCAGAAGGAGCAGGCAGAGUUGCAGUCCUUCAAUAUGGAGAUCAGAGAUCCUGAGGGAAAGAGGAAUCCAUCAAAUCCCUUUCAGGAGCUGUUUUCCAGGAGGGUCCUUCAGGAAGAUCCAAGUCAGGACACCUCAGAAGUGAAACAUAGAAUGAUGUGUGGUCUUUAUGGUAGUGCUGAAACAGCGGAUGAAACGGAUGAAACUCAAAAGGGUCCUCUGUCCUUCGAGGAGGUUGCUGUGCAUUUCUCCGAGGAGGAGUGGUCUCAGCUGGAUGCUCACCAAAAAACAUUGCAUUGGGAAGUCAUGCUGGAAAAUUAUAGGAACAUGGCCUCUCUUGGUAAUAAUGGGAAGGAAAAUGAGGAUUCUGGGGAACCAUUCCUAAUGAACACCUUUGGAGACAGAACAGAGAAGCCUGCAGUGCAGAUGGAACUAGAAAGCCAUGAGAGAAGCCAGUCAAAUAAUUGGAACGAGGAAAGUUCAUCUUUUAUUGAUGCUCCAGUGCAUGACUUUCUUGCUGAAUGUGGAAAAAUAAAGAACAAAGAUUUUGGGAAAAGUACAAGACCUUUCAGUGGUAAAUUAGAUGUAAAUGAACAGUAUCCAACCAAAACAAAAGGAGAUGAUUAUAUAUAUAGAGACAAUGGAAAAAAUUACAAUUGGACUUUUACUCCUUCUCAUGGAACUGGAUCUCUUACCUCUCCUAAAACGAUCCACACAGCAAAGAAGCCAUAUAAAUGUAUGGAGUGUGGAAACACCUUCAGUCGAAGGAGUUACUUUACUUCCCAUAAAAGAAUUCACACAGGGGAGAAGCCGUAUAAAUGUCUGGAGUGUGGAAAGACUUUUAUUCAGAGUAGUCAUCUUACUUCCCAUAAAAGGAUCCACACAGGAGAGAAGCCAUAUAAAUGCAUGGAAUGUGGAAAGUGCUUUACAAAUAGCAGCCAUCUUACUUCCCAUAAAAAGAUCCACAUGGGAGAGAAGCCAUACAAAUGUUCAGAGUGCGGAAAGGCGUUCUGUGAAAAUUCAUCCCUUAUGAGACAUAAAAGGAUCCACACAGGGGAAAAGCCGUAUAAAUGUGUGGAGUGUGGAAAAGUCUUCAGUCAAAAUAGUUCUUUUACUUUCCAUAAAAUGAUCCAUGCAGGGAAAAGACCAUAUAAAUGCAUGGAAUGUGGAAAGACCUUUAUUCAGAGCAGUAACCUUACUUGUCAUAAAAGGAUUCACACAGGGGAGAAGCCAUAUAAAUGCAGAGUGUGUGGAAGGGCAUUUACUAACAGCAGUGAUCUUAUUUCCCAUAAUUGGAUUCAUUCAGAGGAGAAGCCAUAUAAAUGCAUGGAGUGUGGAAAGACCUUUAUUCAAAGCAGUCAUUUUAAUUCCCACAAAAGGAUCCAUGCAGGAGAGAAGCCAUAUAAAUGCAUGGAGUGUGGAAAGGGCUUCAGCUACCACAGUACUCUUACUUCCCAUAAAAGGACCCACACAGGAGAGAAACCUUAUAAAUGUCUGGAAUGUGGAAAGAGCUUCUGUGAAAGCGGGUCUCUUACCGUUCAUAAAAGGAUCCACACAGGAGAGAAGCCGUAUAAAUGUAUGGAGUGUGGAAAGAGCUUCUGCGAAAGUGGAUCUCUUACAGUUCAUAAAAGAAUCCACACAGGGGAGAAGCCAUAUGAAUGUGUAGACUGUGGAAGGGGGUUCUGUCAAAAAGCUUCGCUUAUGAGACAUACAAGGAUCCACACAGGAGAGAGGCCGUAUAUAUGCAUGGAGUGUGGAAAAGGCUUUACUAAUAGCAGUCAUCUUAAUUCCCAUAAAAGAACUCACACAGGGGAGAAGCCAUAUAAAUGCCCAGAGUGUGGAAAGGACUUUACUAAUAGCAGUCAUCUUAAUUCCCAUAAAAGAACUCAUACAGGGGAGAAGCCAUAUAAAUGCCUGGAGUGUGGAAAAGGUUUUACUCAGAGGGGUAAUCUUAAUUCUCAUAAAAGGAUUCACACAGGGGAGAAGCCAUAUAAAUGCAUGGAAUGUGGAAGGUCCUUUUCUCAGAGCAGGUCCCCUACUUUCCAUAAAAGGAUGUACACAGGGGAGAAGCCAUAUAAAUGCAUAGAUUGUGGAAAGAGCUUCAUUGACAAUUCAGCCCUUAGGAAACAUAGAAGGAUCCACACAGGGAUGAGGCCAUAUGCAUGCAUAGAGUGUGGAAAGAGCUUUCGUGAAAACUGAUCCUUUACAAAACAUAAAAGGAUCUACAGAGGGGGAAAGCUAUAUAAAUGCAAGAAACCAUACAAAUGCAUGGAGUGUGGAAAGGCAUUCGGUCAACACAGAAAUCUUACUAUCCAUAAAAGGAUCCACACAGGGGAAAAGCCAUAUAAAUGCAUGGAGUGUGGAAAGAGCUUCUGUGAAAACACAUCCUUUAUGAGACACAAAAGGAUUCAUACAGGGGAAAAGCCAUACAAAUGUCUGGAAUGUGGAAAGGACUUUACCAAUAACAGUCAACUUACUUCCCAUAAAAGGAUUCACACAGGAGAGAAACCUCAUACAUGCCAGGAGUGUGGAAAGAGCUUCAGACAUAUUGUUUCCCUUACUUACCAUAACAGGAUCCAUACAGGGGAGAAACCAUAUAAAUGCGUGGAAUGUGAAAAGAGUUUUGCUAAUAGCAGUCAUCUUACUUCUCAUAGAAGGGUCCACACAGGGAAGAAACGAUGUAAGUAUACAGAGUGUGGAAAUAGUUUCAGUGACAGCUGUUCCCUUUCAUCUCAUAAAAGGAUCCAUAUGGGAGAGAAGCUGUAUAACUGCCUGGAGUGUGGAAAGACUUUUACUCAUAGCAGUCAACUUACUGUUCAUAAAAUGACCCACACAGUUGAGAAGCCAUAUAAAUGCAAGGAGUGUGAUAAGACCUUUACUCAUAGCAGUCAACUUAUUUCCCAUAAAAGGACCCACACGGGAGAAAGGCCAUAUAAGUGCAAAGAGUGUGGGAAGAGCUUCUGUGACAGUGCAUCGCUUAUGAAACAUGAGAGGAUCCAUGCAGGAGAGAAGCCAUAUAAAUGCAUGGAGUGUGGGAAAACUUUUACUCAAAGCAGUCAUCUUACUUCCCAUAAAAGGAUUCAUACAGGGGAAAAGCCAUACAAAUGCAGAGAAUGUGGGAAGAGCUACAGCCACAGUGUUUCCCUUACUUAUCACAACAGGAUCCAUGCAGGGGAGAAACCUUAUAAAUGUUUGGACUGCGAAAAGACUUUUACUCAGAGUAGUCAACUUACUUCCCAUAAACGAAUCCACACGGGGGAAAAGCCAUAUCAAUGCAUGGAAUGUGGAAAGGGCUUGUAUGACAGUGUAUCCCUUAUGAGACAUAAAAGGAUCCACACAGGGGAGAAGCCAUAUAAAUGUAGAGAGUGUGGGAAGGGCUUCACCCAACAGGGUAACCUUAAUUCCCAUGAAAGGAUGCACAGAGGAGACAAGCCGUAUAAAUGCAGAGACUGUGGAAAGAGCUUCAGUCAUAGUGGUUCCCUUACUUACCAUAACAGGAUCCAUACAGGGGAGAAACCAUAUAAGUGCUUGGUGUGUGGAAUGGGUUUUACUGUUAGCAGUCACCUUACUUCCCAUAAAAGGAUCCACACAGGGGAAAAACCAUAUAACUGCAGACAAUGUGGAAAGAGCUUCAGUGAAAAUGCAUCCCUUAUGAGACACAAAAGAAUCCACACAGGGGAGAAGCCAUACAAAUGUGUGGAGUGUGGAAAGAGCUUCAGUCAUAGUGGUUCCCUUGCUUCCCAUAAAAGGAUACACACAGGGGAGAAGCCUUAUAAAUGUAUGGAAUGUGGAAAAAGCUUUACCACUAGUAGUGAUCUUACUUCCCACAAGAGGAUCCACACUGGAGAGAAGCCAUAUAAAUGUAUGGAGUGUGGAAAGAGCUUUACUAAUAGUAGUCGUCUUACUUCCCAUAAAAGGAUCCACACAGGGGAGAAGCCUUAUAAAUGUAUGGAAUGUGGAAAGAGCUUUACCAUUAGUAGUGAUCUUACGUCCCACAAAAGGAUCCACACUGGAGAGAAGCCAUAUAAAUGUAUGGAGUGUGGAAAGAGCUUUACUAAUAGUAGUCAUCUUACUUCCCAUAAAAGGAUCCACACAGGGGAGAAGCCAUAUAAGUGUAUGGAGUGUGGAAAGAACUUUACUACUAGCAGUGAUCUUACUUCCCAUGAAAGGAUCCACAUAGAAGAGAAACUAUAUAAAAGUGUGGUGCAUAGAAGGAGCUUCAGGAGCAAUGAACUAAUUUGUAAAAGACAGAUCCAUUUGGUUUUAGGCCCAGUACUCUUCAACAUCUUCAUCAAUGACUUGGAUGAGCAGAUAGAUGGGGAACUAAUCAAAUUUGCAGAUGACACCAAGCUGGCAGGAAUAGCCAACACUCCAACACUCCAGAAGAUAGGCUCAAGUUACAGGAGGAUCUUGACAGACUUGAACAUUGGGCGCUCUCUAAAAAAAUGAAAUUCAACAGUGAAAAAAGUGGGAGUUCUCAACAACCACAAAACAGACUGUGUUUCCCAGAGUGCUUCUUGGUCUUCCUCUUCUGAUUCUCCUGGUCCUUCAAUUCUGACCGCCUGGCUGUUCUGACAGGAUUUGGAUUCUU